AUGGUUGAUCAACCUGUUUUCACUGCUGUCUCCACAUCAGCCAGGCAGCUUCAUACCCUGCUCCGGUGUAUUGCCUUCUCUCAACGGGCGGAGGUUCAGAUCACCCGUUCAGGUAUACGAUUCUCGGUGGAAGAAGCUAGAGUCGUCCAAGGCCUCACCUUUCUCGACAAGGCUUUGUUUUCGACGUUCAAUUUGAACCUGGACGAAGACCAGCAUUCAUUGCCUCCGUUUUCAAUCUCCAUUGUCGCACUCCUUGAAACUCUUCAAAUCUUUGGGAUAGCUGAAACGAGCGCUUCUCGGAAUCCUUAUGGCGGCUUCUCGUCCUCGUAUGGGAAUGCAUUCACUGCUCCAGCUCUCGCGCUGGGUGGGACCUGUCGUAUCACGUACCAACAUGCGGGUGCUCCGCUCACAAUCACUAUUCAGGAAGGGUCAGUCACAACGACCUGCGAGAUGAACACGUAUGAUGCCCACGAUGCCUAUGAGGACGACGGAGGAAUCCCACUUGAUCGAAACGCCCUGUGUUUGAAAGCGAUCAUGCGGAGCACUUGGUUGCAUGAUGCCAUAACAGAGCUGUCUGGAACGAACCCCACAGCCCUUAUGUUAAACGCUUCGAACCGCUCCACGCCUUACUUCUCUUUGGAGGGUGAAGGCGGACCGUUUGGAGACAGCACGGUCGAGUUCAUGCCGGAGUCAAAGAAUGACCCCACGCCAAGUGGAACCCGGGGGAAGAAGCGACCUCUUAUCACCGAGACUUUCUCUGUCGUAGCUCCUUCUGGGUCACAUGGGAGGAUCAGGCAGAGAUACAAGUUUGAUAUGUUAAAAAGGGCUGGGAGGGCUAUGGCGCUGGCAACCAAAGUGAGCGUUCGCCAGGACCAACAAGGAGUUUUGAGUCUACAGUUUAUGAUUGACCUUGGAGAUGGCGCAAACAACGGCGCACGUCGCGAUGACACCGAUGCUGCUGCUGCUCCACUCUCUCCCGGAAGCGUUGCUUUUGUCGAUUUCCGUUUCGUUCCAUUAUUAGGCGACGAAGAAGGCAGUGACAGCGAUGCAGAUACCGGAGAGGAGUUUGAUGUACAAGAGCUAAACAACGUCAGCCCGUGA